AUGCCUCCGAAAGGCUCUCGCGCUAAGGCGGUGGUUGACGCUCCUGCUGGUGGUGGUGAUCCUGCAAGCAAGUCGACACCAAGCAAGGGAAAGGAGGUCAUUGACAACCUUCCGUCUGAAGCGGAGGUGAUGGAUGGAAGUUCUGGUCUCACCAUUGAGGAAAAGCUGCAAGCGCAGGCUACGGUUGCUUCGGAUGACACGUUUAUUGAGGAUGAUUCAGACGAGGAACUUGAGAUUGACACGACCAAGAGUGCUCACCCGCAUUUGCGCUUCACGGCGAUUUUGCUCUUCCCGGUUAUUCCUUCUCGCGAGGUUGCUUCGGUGAUUCUGACCGUGAGGAUGCUGAUGAAGCGUGUCUGGUCUAACCUGCUCACUGAUGAUGUCCUCGCCUCGGUGAAGUUCCAGGAGCUGACCCCCGCGUGGGUCGCGAAGGCCCGUUACAGCCGGCUUCAGGUCUCCUUUCUGCAUGAGUCUGACGCGGUGAAAAUCAAGCAAACGGCGGUGGAACACAAGCGUCAGAACGGAUCGACACUUCAUUGUUUCUGGCUGCACCAGGAGGACGCCGCUUACCUUCGCAAGAAGGCUUCGGGCCCGCAGCUGCUGGAGGUCUACUUUAAGGAUGUUCCCGCGGAUAUCCCGCCGGAGCUGGUCAAGGAGGUCAUGGUUACUCACCCGCUCAGGAUGCGGAAGCAGUCUGCUUUUGCUGAAGGCCACUGCUUCCACCGUGUCCUUCACCCCGUCACCGGCGCUGACACUGAUCGGAUCAAGGGGCUAAUGUCACUGACGCGCCGCUUUCCCUUCGCAGCUGCUUCUCUCCACGCUUCUCCGCUUAUCACUCCGUUACUGCUGGAUGCGGCUUUCAUGCUGAUCUCCACUGGGAGCAAUCGGGAGGAAUGGCUGUGUACUCUCGAGAGCUGCGGAAAGACCCAUGGCAAGUCCUUCAUGGCUGCAGCGGAUCACAUCACGUCGGCAAGCCAUCUGCUGGGCUUGGAGAAGUUGGGUGCGGCCACUCGCAGCUCCCUGGAGAAGCUUGGUCUGCACGUCAUCCGAAAGGAGUACCAGAUCUGA